AUGGAUGAGGAAUACGAUGCCAUCGUUUUGGGCACAGGAUUGAAGGAAUGUAUCAUCUCUGGAAUGCUUUCCGUGUCCGGAAAGAAAGUUCUCCAUAUUGAUCGAAACAAUUAUUAUGGAGGAGAAUCUGCUUCCUUGACACCUUUAGAGCAACUCUAUGAGAAGUUCAUGGGUCCAAGCGCCAAGCCACCAUCUGAGAUGGGACGUGGACGUGAUUGGAAUGUUGACCUGAUCCCUAAGUUCUUGAUGGCCAACGGAUCUAUGGUUAAGCUUCUUAUUCAUACUGGAGUUACUAGAUAUCUCGAGUUCAAGUCUGUCGAAGCUUCUUAUGUCUACAAAGGCGGAAAGAUCUACAAAGUACCAGCUGAUGAGAUGGAAGCUCUCGCUACCAGCUUGAUGGGAAUGUUCGAGAAGCGCCGUUUCAAGAAGUUCCUCGUCUGGGUUCAAACUUUCGAUAAGCUUAAACCAGAUACUUGGCAAGGACUUGACCCUGAGAACAGCACUAUGCAACAAGUUUAUGAGAAGUUCGGUUUGGACGAGAAUACUGCUGAUUUCACUGGACAUGCUCUCGCUCUUUACCGCAAUGACGAGUACAAGCAACAACCAUUCGGACCUACCGUUGAGAAGAUUCGUCUUUACUCCGAUUCUCUUGCUCGCUAUGGAAAGUCUCCUUAUCUCUAUCCUCUGUAUGGUCUUGGAGAGCUCCCACAAGGAUUCGCUCGUCUUUCCGCCAUCUAUGGAGGAACUUACAUGUUGGACAAGCCAGUCGAUGGUCUUGUGAUUGAAAACGGAAAAGUUGUUGGAGUUAAAUGUGGUGAAGACACUGUUCGUGGAAAACAAGUCUACUGUGAUCCUUCAUACGUUCCUGACCGUGUAAAGAAGGUUGGACAAGUUGUUCGCGCCAUCUGCUUGUUGAACCACCCAGUUCCAAGCACAAACGAUGCUCAAUCAGUUCAAAUUAUCAUUCCCCAAAAGCAAGUUGGAAGACAUUAUGAUAUCUAUGUUUCCUGCUGCUCCAAUACUAACAUGGUAACUCCUAAGGGAUGGUAUGUUGCCAUGGUCUCCACAACAGUCGAGACUUCCAACCCAGAAGCUGAAAUCCUUCCCGGUCUCCAACUUCUUGGAACAAUCUCUGAGAAAUUCAUCACUGUUUCUGACGUUUUCGAGCCUACUGAUUUGGGACAAGAGUCUCAAAUCUUCAUCUCGACUACCUAUGAUGCUACAACUCACUUCGAGACUACUUGCAAGGAUGUGCUGGACAUAUUCCAACGUGGAACAACUAACGAGUUCGAUUUCUCGAAGAUCACUCACCUGAGCCUCGAAGACAAUGAAUAA